CGCUUGUUGGUAAUGUCCCCGCGCUGCUUUGCCGAUGACGAAGCGAAUGACACGGUCGCGUGUGCAGUGCAGCACUGGGAUGAUUGCGGCUACGGCUGGCUACGCCUCGCCCCCAUUCUGCUCUGCUGGUGCCUCUGGGUGCUACUCGGCGUUGGCAUGCUCCGGCGCCACGCCGCGCUCCACGGUGUGUUUCGAAGCGACGCUGCCCGUGUCCACGAUCCCAUCACGCAAGGCAUCGCCAUCGCUCUCUCCCAGCGCAAGUACCGGUCGGUGCGGCAGCAGCGAUUCCAGCGCGCUGUGCGACUCUUGGCCAUGUGGGUGGAAGCCGCCGAGUUUCUCCUUGCGCCGCUCGAGCUCGCAUUUCGCAUCACGGGCCAUCUACAUGCACUCGAGACGAUCGAUUCCAGCAUUCCGUGGGCCGGCGAGGCUGGUAACGUGGUCCUGGCCUUUUCCAGUGGUACCGUCAUGCUGGUGCUUCAUCCGUUCCCGUCAUGUACGUUUACAGCUGCUUGA